UUAUAGUGCUGGUCAUUAUUGUACUCACAAGUACACAUCUAAUGGAGGUGAUACUAUAACAUAUGUGUCGCAGCCAGAAAAGGUGGAAAAUUUAUCUGAAGGAUUAGUCACAGAAUUUUCUUUAAUAGAUUUGAUUAAAAUUAAUAUGCUUUACAAGAACAUAAUUACAAAAAGAGAAAAUUCUGCUAGUGUACCAGGAUGCGAUAAACUUUUUCAUAGAGGUUCCAAAUCUACGUAUUCCAAAUUUAACACGACUGAUUAUGUCGACUCAAGUAAAGAGUCAAAUAAAUAUCCUAGGCCUCAAGAUGCUAAACCUACAGAAAAACCAUAUGUAACGGACACUGCUUACGCUUUUACGAAAAAUAGUUCAGGCCAGCUUAUGGAUAAAAGUAACAAUGAUUAUGGUGACGAUAAUGAUGAUGAAAAUAAAAGUGGCCAAAAAUUUUCAGCUGAAAAUAAUGUCGAUUAUGGUGACAACCAGACUGAAGUACCAAAUAAAAAUAAAAACGAAAGAGUGAGUCAAAUGAAAAAUGAUAUUGAUGUAGAAAGUUAUGAAAAACUGUCAGAGAAGCUACUUUUAGCUAAAAAAAAGAAAAAGGAAAGUAUUUUAAACGAAUCGGAUUAUGAAACAGGUGACGACGAAAUUAAUAAAAAUAUAUAA